UGGUCCCCCUCAGUAAUGGAAGUGUGUUUGCGUACGUGGGAACUACUUUCAGGGAGUAAACGUGAGGGACGUGCUGUGAAGAUCUGAGGUUGUACUUCGGUCGUGAGAAAAAAAACUAAGAUGGCGUCUCGUCAAGAAAGAUAGGAUGGCCUGAAGAGAGUGAUGAUGUUGGUCGGGAAAUGAUUGAUAACGACUCAAUUGAUAAAGUUUGAGACUCUCGUUCACUAUCAAACGAAUGUGUUGAACUUAUGUUUUUGACAACCCGGAGUCUGUGGAGACCUGAGGCUGAAUAAACGGGUCAACUUUGCUAGCAGCGGUAGCUAGCCAACUGGACCGAGCACAGCUGGCCAACGUUAGCUAACCACCAGCAGUCAUCACAACAACAGAGAGGAGGAAGUGCGGCCACUAGCACUGUCUUACCCCGGGACAUCGAGGUGUCUUCGGGCAAUGGAAGGGGAAGAGUUUGUACCUCCUCCGGAGUGUCCAGUGUUUGAGCCGUCAUGGGAGGAGUUCCUGGAUCCCCUGGGCUACAUCGCCAAGAUACGUCCAAUCGCAGAAAAGUCUGGAAUCUGCAAAAUACGACCUCCACAGGACUGGCAGCCUCCGUUUUCUGUGGAGCUGGAUACUUUCCGCUUCACGCCCCGCAUCCAGAGGCUCAAUGAGUUGGAGGCAGAGACCAGGGUGAAGCUGAAUUAUUUGGACCGCAUCGCCAGGUUUUGGGAGAUCCAGGCAUCCUCCUUGAAAAUCCCACACAUCGAGCGGCGCAUCCUUGAUCUGUUCCAACUCUCAAGGAUCGUGACCAGUGAAGGAGGUUUCGAGAUGGUUUGUAAGGAACGGCGCUGGGCUCGCGUGGCCCAGAGGCUUGGCUACCCCCCAGGCAAGAACAUCGGCUCUCUGCUGCGCUCACACUACGAGAGGAUCGUCUACCCUUUUGAAAUGUUCCAGUCUGGUGCCAGCGUGCCGUCAGGCAAACCAAAGCACUACGAUGGUGAGGAGGUCGAUAAAGAGUACAAACCACACUCCAUCCCCCUGCGACAGUCCGUGCAGCCUUCCAAGAUGAGCAGUUAUGGACGCAGAGCAAACCGCUGUCAGCCUGAUGGUCCAGAGGAUCUGGCCCCCCAUCCUCUCACCACUGGCUCUCAACUCAUCUCUGCGCCCGAACCUACAGAGGAGGACAUAGAGAAGAACCCCGAACUGAAGAAGCUGCAGAUCUACGGCGCAGGGCCGAAGAUGAUGGGACUUGGACUGGUGGCGCGGGACAAAGGCCUCAGGAAGAAAGAUGAGCUGCCUCAAACUGUUACCAUCAAAGAAAGCGCAUCUCCCACUCCCGCUCCUGCUGAAGUCUCAGUCAAAGUGGAGCCGCUGGAGGCUCCAGAGAAGAAGAGCGAAGUGACUACAUCGAGCCCCGAGCCGCCUCCCCUGAGCCUCACAGUGAAGACAGAAGUAAAGAAAGAAGAACCCGAGGAAGAGAGCGUGAAAGAAAAAGACGAGGAAGACGAGAAAGGGGGACCUUUCACCAAAAUGACUAUGAGGCUGAGACGCACACUCAACAACCCACAGUGUGUGGAUUCUUUCGUGUGUCGAAUGUGCGGUCGGGGAGAAGAUGACGAGAAGCUCUUGCCAUGUGACAGCUGUGAUGAUAACUAUCACACAUACUGUCUACUCCCCCCACUCACUGAUCCUCCCAAAGGCAUCUGGCGGUGCCCUAAGUGUGUGGCAGAGGAGUGCAAGAAACCCUCUGAAGCGUUCGGCUUUGAACAGGCCACACGAGAGUACAGCCUGCAGAGUUUUGGAGAAAUGGCGGACGCCUUCAAAGCAGAUUACUUCAACAUGCCUGUCCACAUGGUCCCCACUGAGCUUGUGGAGAGAGAGUUCUGGAGGCUGGUGAGCAGCAUCGAGGAAGACGUGACUGUGGAGUACGGAGCUGACAUACACUCCAAAGAGUUUGGCAGCGGCUUCCCGAUGAACAAUGGCAAGAGGAAGCUGACAGAGGAAGAGGAGGAGUACGCCCGCAGCGGCUGGAACUUGAACGUGAUGCCGGUGUUGGAGCAGUCCCUCCUGUGUCACAUUAACGGAGACAUCUCUGGGAUGAAGGUGCCCUGGCUCUACGUUGGGAUGGUGUUCUCAGCGUUCUGCUGGCACAUCGAGGAUCACUGGAGCUACUCCAUUAACUACCUCCACUGGGGAGAACCUAAGACUUGGUAUGGGGUUCCCUCUGUGGCAGCCGAGCGUCUGGAAGAGGUGAUGAAGAAGCUGACGCCUGAGCUGUUCGAGUGUCAACCUGACCUGCUGCACCAGCUGGUCACCAUCAUGAACCCCAACAUCCUCAUGGCUCACGGUGUACCGGUUGUGCGAACCAAUCAGUGUGCCGGCGAGUUUGUCAUCACCUUCCCCAGAGCGUACCACAGCGGCUUCAAUCAGGGAUAUAACUUUGCAGAGGCUGUUAACUUCUGCACUGCAGACUGGCUGCCUGUUGGACGUUCCUGCAUCGAGCACUACAGACGUCUGCGGAGGUAUUGCGUGUUCUCUCAUGAGGAACUGACCUGUAAAAUGGCCACCAGCCCAGAGAAACUGGACCUCAACCUGGCUGCAGCUACACACCGGGAAAUGUUCACCAUUGUUCAGGAGGAGAGAAAACUACGGAAAGGUUUAAUGGAGAGGGGCAUUACUGAAGCAGAGCGUGAGGCCUUCGAGCUGCUGCCUGAUGAUGAGAGACAGUGUGACAAAUGUAAGACGACAUGCUUCCUCUCCGCUCUGGCCUGCCUAAACUGUCCCGAGCGGCUGGUGUGUCUCUAUCACACUCAGGAUCUGUGCAACUGCCCCACUGAAAAACUCUACCUCAGGUACAGAUACACUCUGGACGAGCUGUUAGCCAUGUUACAUCGAUUAAAGGUUCGGUCAGAGUCCUUUGAUUCCUGGGCUAAUAGAGUGAAAGAAGCACUUGAGCAGGAAGAAGGAAACAAAAUAGGAAUUGAUGACCUGGAGGUGCUGAAGAAGGAAGCAGCAGAAAAAAAGUUUCCUAACAACGAGCUCCUCCGGAAACUCAACACUGUCUUUAAAAACAUUGAACGCUGUCAGCAGACGAGUUCUGAGCUCCUCAGUGACUCAAAGACCAGUGACAGUAAGAUGACGUUGGUGGAGCUGAAAUCGUUGGUUGAGACGAUGCAAAACCUGCCCUGUGUGAUCGACAAGCUGGAGGGAGUGCAGGCGGUUCUGCACACUGUGGAGGAAUUCCAGAGCCAAGCUCAAGCCCUGGUCAAUGACAGGGACUGGAGGAGGGAGUCUCCACCAGCUGAGCAGCUGCAGUCUCUGUUGGAGCAGGGAGCCCAGCUUGCUGUGCUGGUCCCAGAGUGUGAUUUACUCCAGGGCCUGAAAGAGCAGGGCCGCUGGCUGGAGGAGGUGAGGCGCACACUGGGCACUGAAGGAGGGGAGAGGCAGGAGGUGACGUUGGAGGUGCUGAGGAGCCUGAUGGAGGCAGGGUGUAACGUACAGCAGAGUGUUUCUGUGGAGACGGCCAUGGCAGAGCUGCAGGAGCUGCUCACGAUUGCAGAGCGGUGGGAGGAGAAAGCUCAGAUCUGCCUGGAACAACGGCAAAAGCACCCUCUCUCCACGCUGGAGGCGAUAGUGAACGAGGCUCAGCUCAUUCCAGUCAAGCUGCCCAACAUUCUGGCUCUGCAGGACUGUCUCACCCGAGCACGGGCCUGGGUAACAGACCUGGAGGAAAUCCAGAAUGGGGAGCAUUACCCGUGUCUGGAUGACCUUGAGGGCCUGGUGGCGAUUGGACGGGACCUGCCAGUCUUCAUGCAAGAGCUGAGACAGCUGGAACUGCAAGUAGCAAGCGCUCACUCAUGGAGGGACAAGGCCACCAAGACUUUCCUGAAGAAGAGCAGUCCACACAGUCUGCUCGAGGUAUUAUGUCCGUGUGCAAAGAGAAGAGGGAGGCAGGAUGAGAUGGAGCCCUUAGACGAUCCUUUGGAUGAUUCUGACACCAACACUCUGGGCCUCUCUGCUCAGGACCUGAGAGACCCUGCAGCUAUAGUGAUGGCGUUCAAAGAAGGGGAGCACCAGGAGAAAGAGGCACUACUGAGGUUACAGAAAUCCAACAUGUGUAAGUCUGGACUAAAAUCUGCAACAAACAGUGAGGACAAGGAGAAUGGGAGGUGGGACGACGCCAUGGAGACGGACACAUCCAGCCACACAGAGAACUCUGUAAAAGAGAACGGUAACAGUAACCACACCUCGAACGGGCUCCCUCAGUCGGUGUGUGUGUGUGGGGGUCAGCCUCGCGCCCCUCAGCUGCGCUGUCAUCUGUGCAAGUACUGGUUCCAUGGCGGCUGCGUUCCCUUCCCCUCCCUGCUCCCUUCCUCUGGACCACCACUGAACCCGCUCUGCUGGUGGGACUGGGACUCGCGCUUCUUGUGUCCGCAGUGCCAGCGGUCGCGGCGUCCCCGCCUGGAGACUAUCCUGGCGUUACUGGUGGCCCUGCAGAGGCUGCCCGUGCGUCUGCCUGAAGGAGAAGCACUGCAGUGUCUCACAGAGAGGGCCAUCACCUGGCAGGGCCGAGCCAAGGAGGCCCUGGAGACGACAGAGCUGCAGCGGGCGCUCGAGAGGCUGCAAGAACUCAAAGAGACUCUCCAGUGUGAAAUGGAGAAAGAGGAAGACUUGGACAAGGGGACAGAAGGGAGCUCAGUGAUUGUUUUAUCGGACUCUGAUGGAGGGGAGGGAGAAAACGGAGUCAUCGAUCUGACAGAGGAGAAGUUGGCUCAAAAGAAGUCCAAGGAAACCAACGGCACUCAGGCUGGAUGUAAAAAUGGCAUCAGCAAGAAGUCAAAUGUUACAGGUGUUGGGUCUCUGCUGCCCCUGCUGCCCUUGCUAAAGGGUCAGGUAGUGGAGCUUUCACCAGCCACCAGGGUCAACCUGGAGGAGCUGCAGCUGGAAGGAGAUCUGCUGGAGGUGUCCCUGGACCAGACACUCCUCAUCCACAGAGUCCUGCAGGCCACGUCUGUUCCCUCCAGAGAAACUUUGCACACACUCAUUCAGAUCGAGCUUGAAGAGCAGAGGCGAUCUGGCCGUGGACGACCCAAGGACUCCAAAAGGAAGAGGAAGGGCCACAGAGGAGCGGGUGGGGAAGGGGCAGGAGGAAGGUCCCUGGAUUCCUCAGAGUCAAAGAAAACUUGUCCCCUCAGCCGCAGCCCCUUCCCUCACUUACCUGUCCAGACUCAUCCAGAGACAGACUUUGUGAUGUAGUCGACGGAGGAUCCGGAGCUGUCGGAGAACUUGAAGGGACAGAUCGUUCUGUGCCAGAAAACAGUGUCAACUAAUAGAAAGAUGCAGGACAUCCCCCUCCCUGAACCCUCCACCCCUCCUCAUUCCUCAUUUACACUCACAGACACUAACAGAGUGAUGACUCUUCUUCUACACUCCACUGUCUCAUCCCAAACUCAGCUAUAUCUCACCCAUCGAAGAUUUUUUGUUCCAUCUUCCCCCAGACUUUACUCUCCACUUCUCCAGGAACAUUUUCCCCACACAUCUUAAGACUGUGUUGGACCGGUGUGGGACUUACCACAGUAGGAGUGUCUUUGGUCUAGAGUUGUCUCUGAGGUCAGUCAGUAUGCUAAUGUUAUCCCAACUGUAUUAAAUGCUAGUUCAGCUGAAGUCUGUGUGAGCGCAGGCUGCUGCAGUUUCAUUUCACUUGAGCCCCCCCGUCAUUGAAGUUGGAUAAGCUAUGGUUUGGUUCUGAUUGGGAACGAACCCUGGAGCUGAGGUACAGCAGGAGGUUUUUGACAGCCCAUCUUGGACAACAGCACCGUUGUUACACUUGUAUUUUUUAUUUUUUAGUUGUAUUGAAUCUUGUGUUUGAUGCUGUUUUGAGGGGACUUGCAUUUUGAAUAAACUGAGAUAAUUUUGGGAAGUGUUAAAAACAGGCAUUCAUGUUUUUGGUGCUACUUUCCCAAAAUGGAUAUCUGUACCUCUGAGCUUCGUUUUUCUCCCCCCCUCUCCCCCCCUUGAUGCCUUUUUUCCUUUUUUUUAAAAAACACCCAUCCUUUUGACUCCUAUAUUUUAUUGCUCACCAUCUGGUCUCUUUUUUCCCCCCUCCCUCUUUUUCUCUCUCUUUGAAAAUUAAGGUAACUUCACUGUAACUCACUUUGUCACAUUUUAUUUUGUUCCUGGGUUCAAAUUAUAUUAUUAUUAUUAUUAUUAUUGUUGAUAUUGCAGACACACAGUUGUCGUGAGUUUGUGUAUAAACUUUUCAUUUUAAUGUUGCCUUUGUUUCUUUUCACUCUUGUUAGAAAAUAAAGGUUUAGAAUUG